AAACACGCAGGGCUUACUCAGAAGAUUAGAAGGGAAACGGGGCAAAAGACAACAGAGUCUCUUUUGUAGUGGGGAGGGAUUACGGCAUCAAGUGACCGGCUGCAGCUCCCGAGUGGGUUUCAGGCUCCUUAGCGCACCGUGCCUGUCAGGUUCAAUCCCUCCAUCAGCCAAGGGGGCACGGGGAGGUGGACCGUGGCGGGGGCCACAAAGGAGCCAGCGAGGGCACAUGUGGGACCAAACCUCCACAGCCCCAGCGCAGCGCAGGAGCCCAUGACUGACCUGUGAUGACGGUGACAUACACCAACCGGGUGGCUGACGCCCGCCUGGGCACCUUCUCCCAGCUCCUGCUCCAGUGGAAAGGAAGCAUCUACAAACUUCUCUACUCCGAGUUCCUUAUUUUCAUCUCCCUCUACUUCACCAUCAGCCUUGUCUACAGGCUGAUCCUGACUGAGAGUCAAAGGCUGAUGUUUGAGAAGCUGGCGCUCUACUGCAACAGCUACGCUGAGCUGAUCCCCGUGUCCUUUGUGCUGGGUUUCUACGUGGCUCUGGUGGUGUCCCGCUGGUGGGCUCAGUACGAGAGCAUCCCCUGGCCCGACCGCAUCAUGAACUUGGUCUCCUGCAACGUGGACGGGGAGGACGAGUACGGGCGGCUCCUGCGGCGCACCCUCAUGCGCUACAGCAACCUGUGCAGCGUGCUCAUCCUGCGCUCCGUCAGCACCGCCGUCUACAAGCGCUUCCCCAGCAUGGAGCACGUCGUGAGGGCAGGCCUCAUGACACCAGAGGAGCACAAGAAGUUCGAGAGCUUGAAUUCCCCCCACAACAAGUUCUGGAUCCCGUGUGUGUGGUUCUCCAACCUGGCUGUGAAGGCGAGGAACGAGGGCAGGAUCCGGGACAGCGUGCUGCUCCAAGGCAUCCUCAACGAGCUGAACACCUUGCGCAGCCAGUGCGGGCGACUCUACGGCUACGACUGGAUCAGCAUCCCCCUGGUUUACACACAGGUGGUGACCGUGGCCGUUUACAGCUUCUUCCUGGCCUGUCUGAUCGGGCGGCAGUUCCUGGACCCAGACAAAGCGUAUCCUGGCCAUGAACUAGAUCUCUUCGUGCCCGUCUUCACAUUUUUGCAGUUCUUCUUCUAUGCUGGCUGGUUAAAGGUGGCCGAGCAGCUCAUCAAUCCUUUUGGGGAGGACGAUGAUGACUUUGAAACCAACUGGCUGAUCGACAGGAACCUGCAGGUGUCCCUGAUGGCGGUGGAUGAGAUGCAUCAAGAUUUGCCCAUUCUGGAGAAGGAUCUUUACUGGAACGAGCCUGAUCCCCAGCCGCCCUACACCGCAGCCACCGCCGAGUACAAGCGCCCAUCGUUCCUUGGCUCCACUUUUGAUAUCAGCAUGCAGAAAGAAGAGAUGGAAUUCCAGCCCCUGGAGCAAAUUAAAGAGAACGAGGAAGCCAACCACUCCACACCGUUACUGGGGCACCUGGGCCGCCUCCUUGGUGUCCAGUCACCCAGCUUCUCCAGGUCCUCGUCCCGGAUGAACCUGCUGCGCCGGCGGGGAGACCCCACGUCCCCCUUCUCCCAUUACACGUACCAAGACAUGGGCAAGCCCGGGAGCCCUUGCAGCAUCAACCGGCCCAGGGGAGACUCGAGCUCGCAGGACCAGUGGGACAGCGAGGAAGGAAAACUCAGGGAGUUCGACGCCUUCAUGUCGACCCCGUUUUACGAAAGACCGGGUUUCUACAGCGCUCCGCAGACGCCCAUCAGCUCCAUCCCCAUGAUUUUCCCUUCGAGACGCCAAGGCCGCAAGAAGCCGCCUGCGCUCUCCAGCAUCGCUGCGUGCUCGACUUCUCUUAAGGAUGUCAUUGUCAACUCCUCACCUUCCAGAGCCAGCGAUACAUAUAAGAGCCAGAGCUCCAUCGGCUCUGGCGCAAAGGAAACGUUUAUUUGGCCAACAGAUCGGAGCAAAGGUCCUGAGUCACUGGUUGAAACAGCAGAAGAAAAGAGCAGCUCUAACAGUAAAAGCAGAGAAGCUGCCAUCACAGCAAGUCCGGGAGCUCAGUCCACAGCAUCAGACAGCCCCAAGUUCCCCUUCCUGGCAGAGUCCCCAGAGCACGAGAAGCAGGGCAGCUUCAAGAGCCUGAAGAGUCUGAAAGCUUCCCACCCGCCCUGGUUAAACCUGGAGAACGCAGCAUCAGCCACCCCCAAUUCCGAGCAUUCGAGUGCCUUUCACACCCCCAGUAACAAAACCCCCGGCGGCAGCACCUCCUUCUGCUUCUCCUUCACCCCCGUGACAUCCCCAGUGCUUCAGAGAUCCCCCAUGGGGAACACGGGCCCUGAUGCUCACAGCUUAAGUUUAGAAGAUGCGGCCAGCCCUCCAGAGCAUCAUCCAGCAGAGGUUUCCAGGACCACCAGGGAUACUGGAAACGGAAGCGCUAAUACACCGUCUACAAAAGAAGCAAGAAGAGCAGAAAGUCCGUCCCCCAACGACUCCGGCAUCUCUCUGGCCGAAGGUGACUACGUGGGGCUGAUGGAGGUGAUCAUGGAGACCAGCGAAAGCACGUGUGAGGAACAGACAGAUCAGUGCAGCUAGAGGAGACCAAGACACGCAGUUCUGUUGAGAUACCUGCCAUAUUAGCGAUAUUGCGGUAUCUUUACACCUGGCCACACUGGCACUCACCCAAACAGAAGGGUAGUGCAGCCAAACUACUGCUGGAACACACAGCUAAAGCCCAGCCCAGGCUAAAACCAGCACUAAUGACCUACUGCUACUGGGCUCAGGUAUGGUAGCAGGCACAACUAAUGGAACCAAUAAAAAACCCUCCAAUGUAGCAAAGAACAAAUCAGACUGAGUAUUAAGUAUUGCAGAUACCCAACAGAAGAGAAAUAGCUCAGCAGGUAGUAGCCUGAAGGACCUGGAGUGCAGGUGCAGCCCAAACCUGAAGAGGAAUAUAGUUAUUAAUGAUCACUCCCCCCUCAUCACCACAGCAAGAACCAGAACCUGAGCUUUAUGGUAACAUUUGGCACAAGGCCCAUCACAAGUGUCAGGCAGGACAUGCACCACUGCCAAGAUACCCCAGGGGAGGGAAGGGACUGCAGCAAAUCACGUCAUUUGUGGUGCACAGCCACAGUGCUGCCUCAAGUCACACCGAGCCGGUGUUGUCCAGCUCUGGAAAUGUGAUGGGAUAAGGCAGGGCAAGCGUCUAUUAAAAAAGCAGCUGCAGUUCAAAGAUUAUUUGCCCAGCACGUUGCUCCCUUUUGAAGUUCCACAUCACAUCUGCCAUUAAUUUGACAGUGCUCAAAGUCAUCUGGAUGGCAGCAAACACCACACAGCUGAGUUUUUACUGUCUUCCCUAAGAAAAUAAAAGCAAGGCUGAAGUCCAGGA